AUGACUUGUACAAAAGAACGUACGGCGGCCCCUAGAAAAAUGCUUAGGCCCAAACAAGACGCGGCGCAUUCUGGAGGAAGUCCACGAAGGUGCAUUCGCCCAAAUACGCGAAUCGCCGAGUUCUUCGAGAAAUGGCAUAUCAAAAGAAUACUCUCUACGCCAUAUCAUCCCGUGGGGAAUGGGCAAGCGGAGUCCUCUAACAAGUCAAUAUUGAAUAUCAUGAAGAAGAAGCUCGAGAACGCCAAGGGACUGUGGCCGGACUUGCUGCCGAAAGUGCUAUGGGCAUACCGCACAACGCCAAAAACAAGCAUAGGUGAAACAACGUACUCACUGGUUUAUGGGACCGAUGCAGUAAUACUGAUCGAGGUCGGAGAAUCAAGUCUAAGGUACUCACACGAAAGCGGGCCGAGAAACGACGAAAGCAGGAGGCAAGACCUCGACGAGGCUGAAGAACGAAGAGACAUGGCAUACAUAAGGAUAAACGCCCAGAAACAACAAGCAGAGCGAUACUACAUCAAAAAAGCCAAGAUCAGACCGCUCAAAGUCGGAGACUAUGUACUAAAAACCAAAACACAGGCAAGCUAA